CCUGCGGAGAGCGAGCAGGCUCACGCGGAGCACGCUCCAUCGUGCACGGCGUCCGGCAGCGAGCGCGUGCGGCCGAGCGUGCACCGUCGUGCAAAGCUACCAUCGGAGACCGCGUGCGGCCGAGUGUGCACCGUCGUGCAAAGCCACCAUCGGGGACCGCGCGCGGCUGAGCGUGCACCACGGUGCAGAGCUACCAUCGGACAGCGUGCGCGGCCGAGUGUGCACCGUCGUGCAAAGCACCCGCUGCGGAGCAUGUGUUGCUGAGCGUGCACGGUCGCGUGCAGUGCCGACACACAGCAGGCGCGCGGGCUGAUCCCGGGACACGGACAUCAUGGGCAACUGCGUCCCCGUGCCCUGAAACGCUCGUCGGGAGGCUGAAGGCCACAGCGGUGCCAGGCAGCAACUUCUGCAGCUAAAGGCAUUAAGGCCUGAGCAGACAUUAACACCAGCAGAGCUUUGCCGUGACGUUUGCACAAGGAUUUCCAAGGCAAGAGUUAUCCUCCCUGCGGGGAUGGGCUCCCACGUCCCCGGGGGCUGUCACCCUCCCCAAAACGCACGAAACUCCUGGGAAACUGGUGCCAGCCCCCGGCAAGCCCUGCAAAGGGUCUGGCUCAACUCGCCCCUCUGAAGCUGUAAGAAACUUGUGGCUUUUAAGCCUGAGGCGCAGCCGGGGCUCUGCUCCCUCCUGCAGCGCUGGCCCGGGGCAGGUAUCAGCCCAGGCUGGCCCCACGCUCCUGGCCCCCGCGGCGUGUCACUCCCUGAUAACCAGCUCGCUGCAAACAGCACGACGGCUGCAAUAACCCCCCCGUCCGCUGGCUGCAGCCUGGCUGCAAGGCAGCACUGCAAAAAUAGCGUUUGCCAGCAUCCCCAGGGCUCCCCGCCAGCCUCCUUCACGCUGUGCUGUGUCGCACCGGAGCAGAGACCCGGCUUUGCCCCAUCCUGGCUGCUCUGAGCUCGGCUCCCGGUAACGGAGAGCCCGGUUUCUGCAUGAAAACGGUGCGGAUUUGGCAGCACCGUGGCGGGACCCGCUGCAGGCAGCAGCGAGGCGCUGGCAGUGGCACCAGCCGGGCGCCGAGGUGUCACGAACGCCCUCGGCAGCAGCGCGGUGGGGACACAACCCCGGGACACAAGAGAAAAGGAAGCCCCAAAACCGUUGAUGGAGAUGGAGGGGACACUUUAGGGGGUCCCAGAGGGCUGUGCUCGGGGUCGGGCACCUGCCUUUGGCCAGCCGCAUCCGCCGGCACGGCUGCUGGGCUGAGCGAGGGCACCUGAGCGUGACGCCUGCUCGUCUUCUUUGCAGAGCCCCAGCAUCCUGGAGAACAAGACCUCCCUGGAUCUCAUGGACAUCAUAGGAAACCUCUCCUACAGCGAGGACUACCUCAGCAAUCUGGACUACGCCGACGUCGAGCCCUGCCACAACCAUUACUGCCCCGUCUUCCAGCGCACGGCCCCCGUCUUCCUGGCCGUAGCCUGCACCUUGGCAGCGCUCGGCAACGGGGCGCUGCUGGUGGCCUUGGCCAAGUGCCCCCACGCGUGGGGCCGGCCCCACGGCAAAGCCUUGGUGGCCCAGCUGACGGUGGGCACCAGCUUCUUCGCCCUGCUGCUGCCCUUCUUCGCCGCGGGCAUCGGGCAGGGCUGGCGCCUGGGGCGGGGGCUCUGCAAGCUCAGCCACGUGCUGUGGCACUGGAGCCUCUUCGCCCAGGGGCUGCUGGUGGCCAGCGGCUCUUGCGGCGCCGCGUGGGGCGGCUGGGACCCCCCGAGCCGGCGGCUGGCCGCAGCGCUGUGGGCAGCAGCUCUGCUGCUGGCGAUGCCGGCCGCCUUCUCCAGCGGCACGGUGCCGGCGCCGGAGGUGGCCUGCGUCCUCAGGAACGUGGACAUCCUCUCCCCGGCGUACCUGGCCCACCUCGCCCUCUGCCUCUGCCUCUUCCUGCUGCUGCCGGCAGCCCUGGCGGCGGGCACGCUGGUCCUGCCGCGGCUCCGGCGGGGCUGGCAGCCGGCGAGCUGCCUGCCCUGGCUCUUCUUCGGCCUCUGGGCGCCCUACGGCGCGGGGCUGGCCGUGGACUUUCUGCUGCACGCCCAGCUGCUGCAGCCCACCUGCAGCACCUUCGAGCGCUUCGACUUCGUGCUGGGGCUCUGCGAAGCCCUGGGCAUCCUGCACUGCUGCCUGGGGCCGCUGCUGCUCCUCGCCACGGGGCUCCGUCGCCACCGAACGGGGCCCAGCGGCAGAGGCUGAGCGGCCGGUGCAGCACCCGAGGGUGCAGCAACCGGCACCCACGCCGAGGGUGCCCGACCCUCCAUCGUGGGACCCCCCUGGUGCCCUCCUCGCCCCGCACCCAGGCUCUGCGGCAGCCAAGCACUGCCGGCCCCUUGGCACCACCCAGCAGCGCUCGGCUGAGCCAAGGUGCCCGGGCAGCGGGGCAGGACCGGCAAAGCCCAACUCCCGCCUCAGGCGCCCAGUUCUGCUGCAAAACAGACAAUAAAAUGGCCCCGCUUCAGGCA